GACACGCUAUAUAGAUAUAUAGCAGAUACACUAUUGCUCAAAUCAACAUUCAUAUCGUAUUAUUCAAAAAUAUUAGUGAUUUUGAAGGAAAAUACGAAUUAAAAUUUCAUAAAUAUAUGAAACAUAAGACUGAUUGAUAUUGUGAUCAUGAUAUUGAAAAUUCACCAAUGUUUGCAGCAACAGCUUCUAGCUUGUUCAAAAAAGAUGUUAGUAUGUAAGUCUACAAAAGGACAAAUUUCAACAUCAAGUUCAGUAUUAGCAUUACCCCCUAACAGCGUAAUGUAUGUUUUUGAUCGUAAUGCCAAACUUCUGCAAAGAGAACGUGCUGCUAAAGCAGAGGAUGUAAAUGUUUAUGACUAUCUUAAAGAUGAGAUUGGAUAUAGACUCUCAGAUAGAGUAUUUGAUAUCAAAAGGAAAUUUAAUAAAGCUCUAGAUCUAGGAUGUGGUCGAGGUCAUAUUUCAAAGUAUAUUUUAAAUGACUCUGUUGACGAGCUUAUUUUGGCUGAUUUGAGUCCAAGUUGGUUAGAGCAAGCACAAACUACUGAAGGUAUCAAAGUUGUAAAAAAAGUUCUCGAUGAAGAAGAGUUUUCAAUGGAACCAAAUAGUUUAGACUUUGUUAUCAGUUGUUUAAGUUUGCAUUGGGUGAAUGAUUUACCUGGAUGUUUUCAACGUAUAAUGAAUAGUCUGAAAAAAGAUGGUGUAUUUAUGGCUGCAGUAUUUGGUGGUGAUACCCUCUAUGAAUUACGUGGUUCAUUACAAUUGGCAGAAUUAGAAAGGGAUGGAGGAAUCUCACCACAUAUUUCACCAUUUACAGAAAUAAGAGAUAUUGGAAGUUUAUUGACAAGAGCAGGAUUUGCUAUGCAAACAAUAGACACAGAUGAAAUUGUUAUCGGAUACCCAUCAAUGUUUGAACUUAUGUGGGAUUUGAAAGGAAUGGGAGAAAGUAAUGCAGCGAGAAAUCGAAGUUUACAUUUAAAGAGAGAUACUUUAUUAGCUGCUUCAGCUAUUUAUGAUCAACUCUAUGGUAAAAUCAAAGAGGAAGAUGGUAGUAGGUACAUCCCAGCUACUUUUCAGAUUAUUUAUAUGGUUGGCUGGAAGCCUGAUGCAUCUCAACCAAAACCUAUUGAGCGAGGAAGUGGGGAAAUUUCAUUAAAAGACAUUUACAGGAUUGAUGAAAUUGUUAAGCAGAAAACAAAAGUAAAACUUACUGAUGAAGAUAAGUAAUUUUCUUAUAAUAUACAGAUCUAAAAACCAAGUGUAAAUAAUGUACAAAAUAUUGAAUAUAAUUUAUUUCAUUGUUACAAAUAAAGUCUCUUCUUUUUUUAUAAUUAACACAAA